CUCACUGUCAACAACCCAUCCUGAAAACACGCUCACAACUGAGAGUCGGGAGUCAGUUUGAGACCUAGCAUCAUUUAAACUCCACCAAAGGCACAGAAGCCAGAAGAGAAAAAUGAAGACAGGACCUUUUGAAAUGGUCACCAUCCUAUUGGCAGCCAUGAUUCUAAUGGACAUCUUCCAGGUGAAGGCUGAAAUACUAGACAUGGCUGAUAAUGCAUUUGACGAUGAAUACCUGAAGUGCACUGACAAGAUGGAAAUCAAAUAUGUUCCUCAACUGCUCAAGGACGAACGAGCCAGCCAUCAGCUCUUAGAUGCUGUGUGGGAGCAUGCAAAAGCCAGAUGGGAAACCCGAAAGCCUCAGAUCUCUUUCCCUGUGAAUUUUAAGGACAACCAUGGGAUAGCCCUGAUGGCAUACGUUUAUGAAGCUCAAGAGCAAACUCCCUUUUACCACAUGUUCAAUGAAGCUGUGAAGACGGCUGGCCAGUCUCGGAAAGAUUAUAUCUACGACUUCCAGUUCAAAGCCUUUCAUUUUUACCUGACAAGAGCUCUGCAGUUGCUGAGAAGACCUUGUGAGGACAGUUACAAAAAUGUGGUAUAUCAAAUGAGCCAGAGUCCUUCACUGACACCUGGAGGGCUAGACCGAGCCAGGUUUGGCCACAUGGCCUUGGCCUACUCAGCCAAACCACAGACUGCUGACGAUCAGCUGAUUGUGUUGUCCAUCUUCACAUGCUUUGGCGUUGCUGUUGAAAGCUUUUCUGCUAGAGAAAGUGAAAGAAUGACUCUCAUACCUCUGAGUGAGGUUUUUCAAGUGUCCAAGGAAGGGGCUGGUCAUAACCUUAUCCUUCAAAGCACGAACAAGACCUGCAGCCAUUACGAGUGUGCGUUUCUCGGUGGACUGAAAACUGAAAAUUGUGUCGACAACCUAGAAUAUUCUCAACCUAUCUAUGUCUACAGCUCUGGUGAAAAAACCCAGAAGCUUGAAGACUCUGGUGAAAAAACCCAGAAGCUUGAUGACUCUGGUGUGAAAAUCCCUGAACCCACCCAGAUAUCUGGAAUGAAAGUUCCAGAGCCUUUUCUGCUACCUGGAAUAAAAGUGGUGCAGCUGAAUGAAAACCUUGAAGACAAAAAUCAAGGAAAUAUCAACAAUCCCAAUCCAGGUCCAGUUCCUGUUCCGAGUCCCAAAACUCAUCCUUCUGCAUCCUCUGGCAAGAUGCUGCUUUCACCGUGGGGGACAUUCAUUAUUUUAAUCAGUGCUUCUACUAUAAACCUCUUUGUUGCUCUGUAGUUUGAUAUAGUCUUUCUUAUUCUUUACUUGAAAUACACUACUUUUGAUCCCACAGAUCAAAGGAAUGAUGUAUUUUUCACUUUGUUGGCCAAAGUCACUUGAUAAAACAAGAAUUGUUUAUGUUAUUCAUUUUGUAAAUUCAGAAAGUUGGUCCAGAUGUUAUAGAAUUAAUUUUUCACUUAUUUCUAUACUAAUCUUAUAAUUGAAAAAACCCCAAACUGUAUACUUUUAAUAGAAUUCAAUAAAGGCAUUAUUAUAAUUUCAGAA